UGAAGGCACUGUUAGCUAUUUUUUCGAUCAGUGCAGUGUACACAACACAUAUUUUCUAAUAACGAUUGCGAGGCCAAAUUAAUCUGAAAUGCUAUCCAGUAAGGUAAUACUCUUGGCUUACAUCUUGAUGCUAGUCACACAAAAAGUGCUGUCAGCAGAACGUGAAACCUUGACAAGUGAGCGCAAAAUUAAGGAACAGCCUAUCGUGAUACAUACGCAACAAAAGAUUUAUCAGCAGCCGACAUUGCAGGAGUACCAACAAUGCCAUGCGAACCGCGACCAGUGCCUCAACGUGUGUGAGACGACAGUUGAUCCGCAUUUGUGUAUAACAGAGUGUCCCGUAUGUCCUUUGCUACUUAACCACGAUAUUGUGGUGCAAGGUGUAAACGAUACCGAUUAUCGCCUGCAGUCUCAUUUUCCUCUCAACUCCACAAAUGUUAUAAAGCUGACUAACGAAAUUCGAAACGUUAUCGAAACAAACAUGAGCAAUAUAACAGCCAUAAACGAAAACAACAUUCACAUAGACAGCAGCAAUGCUUCCACAACCGGUGGCAGUUUCGGGCUGGGCUACAAUCAGAAUGGUGCUUGUUGCAUUGUUGUGCGGCCAACGCAACGCUGCCAGCCUUCUUCGGUCGCUUCCUGUCGUCAAAAACGAAUUCGUGUUUGUGGGAAGCAAUGUAAGGCGCGAAUAAUGCAUGCCAAGCCGAAGAGACACUGUAAUAAUGGAAAACAAACCAACUGCUUCACAGGUAUUAACUACGAGCCCUCAGACAAUCACCAAACAUCGCGUUGUCACUAUCAACCAACUUGGCCUUUUGUAUCCUGUAGCUACAAAACACUAUUUGUUGUAUGUCUGCGAUGCCUCCGCCUACCGUACGGCUACAUUUUGUAUAACGGAAUUCCUCCCCAAUGCAUUCCGUGCUUUCAAAAGCCCGAUAUCUAUGCCAGUUUGGACCGCAAUAUGUAUGGAUAUGUUACCAACACGAAUUUCGACGACUUUGGCCCCAAUGGGCUGGAAAAUGAUUGGCGCAUUACGAAAAAGAAGUGUCGCUUGUUUGAUGGUUCCAUAGUUGAUUGUUUGGAGGAUGAUGUGCCUUCAGAAAAUGAGCACCAACGUUUUGGCGAUGAAAAUGAUUCUGGCAUAAUCACCCCCAAUACUGAAGAUAUAGAGGAUAACAAUUUAAAUUAUAAUGGCAUGGAGAGGCGUCGUCGUCACAACCGUCCAGUAUUUUAUCGUUCAUCUUAUAGCCAUCGGAAUAAACCAAAGUUUUAAUAAAAGCAAUUCUUUGGCCCCUUAAUAUUCAUAUCUGUAUAUUCCCAUAUGCAGAAGUCAAUAUGUUCAUGUUUUCAAUAACAUUUUAAAUAACAUUGUUAGCGUACAUCAUUUUUUUGGGAAUGUGCGGAGAAACAACGUUUUUAUUUCCAAGCUCAUUUGUUUUAUACAUAUCGGUAAAGGGUCUUUCUAAAGUGACGCCUAGUUGUCAGUAGUGAAUAAUUCCUAAAUGGUACAGUUUUUUACGUCAACUUUGUUUUUUUGUCAAGUACAAUUUGUACAGACAUGUACAAUUUUACACUAUACAACAACGCGUUAAAAUGAUGUAAACUUAUUAUGAAAAUGGUCGAUCUUUAAGAACAACAUAUCACAAACUCCGCCAUUUUUUUGGUGCAAAUAAUCGUCUGAAUGAGUCGACAAUUCAGAGGUUGGGGCAAACAUUUCAAGAAACUCGUCCUAUCAAAGAUAGGGAAAGGACUGGCAGACCAAAAAAGGAAUGUUCUGUUGAGAAUAUUUCUGCUGUAGCGCAAAGUGUUGCUGAAUAACCUUCAACAUCGACAUCUCGCCGUUCCACAACAAAUAGACAUUCAUUAAUUUAUGACAUCCUAUAGACGUACUCAUGCUGGGCAUUUAAAUGAUGUCAUUUUUCACGUAUAUUUUCAAUAAAAACAGUGAAACAUGAAAGAAGAUAA